UCUUUUUUCCCCCGCCCCUGCGGAGAAUCCGAAGCCAUCCGCCAACAUGGUGAACUUCACAGUAGACCAGAUCCGAGCCAUCAUGGACAAGAAAGCCAACAUCCGGAACAUGUCGGUGAUUGCCCACGUGGAUCAUGGGAAAUCCACGCUGACCGACUCGCUGGUAUGCAAAGCCGGCAUUAUCGCCUCGUCCCGCGCCGGUGAGACCCGCUUCACCGACACGAGGAAAGAUGAGCAAGAGAGAUGCAUCACCAUCAAGUCGACGGCCAUUUCCCUCUUCUACGAGCUUUCGGAGAACGACUUGGCCUUCAUCAAGCAGAGCAAAGAUGGCUGCGGCUUCCUGAUCAACCUCAUCGACUCCCCCGGCCACGUGGAUUUUUCUUCAGAAGUUACAGCUGCCCUACGGGUCACCGACGGUGCCUUGGUUGUUGUGGAUUGUGUGUCCGGGGUCUGCGUCCAGACCGAGACUGUCUUGCGCCAGGCUAUCGCUGAGAGGAUCAAGCCCGUGUUGAUGAUGAACAAGAUGGACCGGGCUCUGCUGGAGCUGCAACUGCAGCCUGAGGAGCUGUACCAGACCUUCCAGCGCAUUGUGGAGAACGUCAACGUCAUCAUCUCCACCUACGGGGAAGGCGAGACCGGCCCCAUGGGCAACAUCAUGAUCGAUCCAGUCCUCGGCACGGUCGGGUUUGGCUCCGGCCUGCACGGCUGGGCCUUCACCCUGAAGCAGUUUGCUGAGAUGUACGUGGCCAAGUUCGCCGCCAAAGGCGAAGGGCAGCUGAACUGCAACGAACGUGCCAAAAAGGUGGACGACAUGAUGAAGAAGCUCUGGGGCGACAGAUACUUUGACCCGGCGACUGGCAAGUUUAGCAAAUCUGCCACCAGCCCCGAAGGGAAGAAACUGCCGAGGACUUUCUGCCAGCUGAUCCUAGACCCCAUCUUCAAGGUAUUCGAUGCAAUCAUGAACUUCAAGAAGGAGGAAACAGCCAAGCUGAUCGAGAAACUGGACAUCAAGCUGGACAGCGAAGACAAAGGAAAGGAAGGGAAGCCUCUGCUGAAGGUGAGGCAAAACGGGCACCCAGGCAUUAAGAAUUGUGACCCCAAAGGACCCCUGAUGAUGUACAUCUCCAAGAUGGUGCCCACCUCUGACAAGGGCCGCUUCUACGCCUUUGGCCGGGUGUUCUCCGGGGUUGUCUCCACCGGCCUCAAGUGCAGAAUCAUGGGGCCAAACUACACACCAGGGAAGAAAGAAGAUCUCUACCUGAAGCCCAUCCAGAGGACCAUUCUCAUGAUGGGCCGCUACACGGAACCCAUUGAAGACGUGCCUUGCGGUAACAUUGUGGGCCUGGUUGGCGUCGACCAGUUCCUGGUCAAGACGGGCACCAUCACCACCUUUGAGCAUGCCCACAACAUGCGCGUCAUGAAGUUCAGCGUCAGCCCCGUCGUGCGCGUGGCCGUGGAGGCCAAGAACCCGGCCGACCUGCCCAAACUGGUCGAGGGCUUGAAGAGGUUGGCCAAGUCGGACCCCAUGGUGCAGUGUAUCAUUGAGGAAUCUGGAGAGCACAUCAUAGCCGGAGCCGGAGAACUGCAUUUGGAGAUCUGUCUGAAAGAUCUGGAGGAGGAUCAUGCCUGCAUUCCCAUCAAGAAAUCCGAUCCCGUCGUCUCUUACCGGGAGACCGUUAGCGAGGAGUCGGGGACCUUGUGCCUUUCCAAGUCGCCCAACAAACACAACCGUCUGUACAUGAAAGCCCGCCCCUUCCCGGAUGGCCUGGCUGAAGACAUCGACAAGGGGGAUGUCUCAUCCCGCCAGGAGCUGAAGCAGCGGGCCCGGUACCUGGCCGAGAAGUAUGAGUGGGACGUGACUGAAGCCCGUAAGAUCUGGUGCUUUGGCCCCGACGGGACUGGCCCCAACAUCCUGACUGAUAUCACCAAGGGGGUGCAGUACCUCAACGAGAUCAAGGACAGCGUGGUGGCCGGCUUCCAGUGGGCCACAAAGGAGGGGGCCCUCUGCGAGGAGAACCUGCGGGGCGUCCGCUUUGAUGUGCACGACGUCACCCUGCACGCCGACGCUAUCCACCGCGGCGGCGGCCAGAUCAUCCCCACAGCCCGGCGGUGCCUCUACGCCUGCAUGCUGACGGCUCAGCCCCGCCUGAUGGAGCCAAUCUACCUGGUGGAGAUCCAGUGCCCUGAGCAAGUAGUGGGCGGCAUUUACGGCGUGCUGAACAGGAAACGAGGCCACGUCUUUGAAGAGUCCCAGGUUGCUGGAACCCCCAUGUUUGUGGUCAAGGCCUACCUGCCUGUGAAUGAAUCUUUUGGUUUCACGGCCGACUUGAGAUCCAAUACCGGAGGCCAGGCGUUCCCGCAGUGCGUGUUCGAUCACUGGCAGAUCCUGCCCGGGGAUCCUUUCGACAACACCACCCGGCCCUGUCAAGUGGUGAUCGAGACCCGUAAACGCAAAGGGCUGAAAGAGGGCAUCCCCGCGCUCGAUAACUUCCUGGAUAAAUUGUAAACCAAUCAGAAUGAAAUCAUAACCGCGCCAGAUCUUAAAACAAAAACGAGAAUAAAUUUUAAAAACGGCUGUUGUGGGACUCGAAAUGAACUUUUAACUAGUGUUAAAAACAAAACAAAAACAUGGUGGUUAGAUGUGCUUGUGGCUGAGGAUGGCGGCUGUUUCCUUUUUUCUUCCCCCCUCUCCCUUUCCAAUCGCGAGAAAAGGGUCCCACGCCUCUUUCCCCCCCCAGCCUUGGAAAGGGUUUCUUUCCACUUUAAUUAAACGCCAGAAAAACCCA